CACCCAACACAUUCUCUCUCUCUCUCUCUCUCUCUCUCUCUCAAACAGUCUCAAAGCCAAAAGAGCACUACCCUCAUUGGCUUUUUCUGCCUUUUUGCUUCUGUGCUUGCCAUACAAUUGUCUCUGUCUUUUGUUUCUGCUCCCUCUUCUCAGAACUGCAAAUGGGUGAGGAAUCAUACUUUGAAUUUCUUGCUAUUAUUUGAUUCCUUCACUUUUCUUCCCAUCUUUUAGACUCCUCCUCGUCGUCCUUCUUCUGGGUACCCUUCCAAACACCACCUUAUGUAAUUCUUGCAAUGAUUUGACUUGAUUUCCUAUUCCCAAUUAUAUUUUUUCCCUUUGUGGGUUCUCUUCAAAACCCACUUAAUUGGUCUCAUCCUAACUUCAAUUUGUUUCGCCUUUAAUCAAUUUGGUUUGGAUUUUUCAUGGAAAUUGAUCUGAACCAUGCGGUGGUGAGUGAGGUGGAGAAGAAGAAUGCAUGUGGCAAUGGGGGUUGUGACAAGGAUUGUGGCUGUUUCUCUUCUUCAACUUCCUCAUGCUCGUCAAAUUCAUCCUCAUCACCUGCUUAUUCUUCAAUUUCCAUGGAGCUUUGGCAUGCCUGUGCUGGCCCACUUACCUCCUUGCCCAAGAAAGGGAAUGUGGUUGUCUACUUCCCGCAAGGUCACUUGGAACAAUCUGUCUCUUCCUCACCUUUUCCACCCAUGGAAGUCACUGAUUUUGAUCUCCAACCCCAAAUCUUCUGCAGGGUUAUGGAUGUUCAACUACUUGCUAAUAAGGAAAAUGAUGAGGUCUAUACUCAGCUGACUCUACUCCCUCUACCAGAGUUGGAAGUAAUAAAUUUAGAGGGCAAAGGCCAUGGAGAGUUGGGGUUGGAUGAGGAAGGGGUUGUGACACCCACAAAAACUCCUCACAUGUUUUGCAAGACACUUACAGCCUCUGAUACAAGCAGCCAUGGUGGAUUCUCUGUUCCUCGUCGGGCUGCCGAAGACUGUUUCCCACCUCUGGACUAUAAACAACAAAGACCCUCUCAGGAGCUUGUUGCGAGGGACCUGCAUGGAGUGGAAUGGAGGUUUCGACACAUUUAUAGAGGUCAGCCACGGCGACAUUUGCUCACUACAGGAUGGAGUACGUUUGUAAGCCAAAAGAAUAUUGUCUCCGGUGAUGCAGUUCUUUUCUUGAGGGGUGAAGGUGGAGAGCUGAGGUUGGGCAUUAGAAGAGCUAUAAGACCUAGAAAUGGUCUCCCUGAUUCAGUUCUUGUUAACCAGAAUUAUCAAAAUGUUCUUUCUCCGGUGGCUAAUGCUAUAUCUACCAACGGCUCGUUUCAUGUUUUCUACAGCCCAAGGGCCAGCCAUGCAGACUAUGUUGUACCUUAUCAAAAAUAUGUUAAAAGCAUCACCAAUCAGAUAUUUAUUGGGACAAGAUUCAAAAUGAAAUUCGAUGUUGAUGAUUCUCCAGAAAGACGCGGUGUGGUGACUGGAAUACGUGAUUUAGAUCCCUACAGAUGGCGUAACUCAAAAUGGAGAUGCUUGAUGGUCAGAUGGGAUGAAUCUAUUGUUAGUGAUCGUCAAGAGCGAGUUUCUCCGUGGGAGAUUGAUCCUUCUGUUUCUCUCCCACCAUUGAGCAUCCAGUCCUCCCCAAGGCUGAAGAAACUGCGGAUGGGUCUGCAGCCAACCCCACCUGAUAACCCUAUUGCUGGAGGGGGUAAAUUUUUGGACUUUGAGGAGUCUGUAAGAUCCUCCAAGGUCUUGCAAGGUCAAGAAAAUGCUGGUUUAUUAUCACCUCUCUAUGGAUGUGAUAAGUCAAACUGCCCAUUGGAUUUUGAGAUGCAAUCCAUUGUACAUCAAAGUCUUGCAUCAAAUGGAACAGAAAAAGCAAAUUUUAGAGAGUUUAUGAUGAGUCAGCCACCCACCACUUACACAGGCUUCAUGGAAUCCAGUCGAUUUCCGAAGGUCUUGCAAGGUCAAGAAAUAUGCUCGUUGAGGUCUCUGACAGGAAAAACUGAUCGCAACUUUUUUAACAUACAUCAAAGACCCAAACCUAAUUUCUACCCACUAGCUUCGGAAGGUGUUAGAAGUAUGUACUUUCCUUACAGUGAGAUUUACAAAGCUGGACAUGAUCCUGUAAUGCUUUCUCAUAUGACAAACUUCCCAAGUGACAACGUUCCAUUUAACGGAUCUUCCAUUCAAAGUGGGCAUCCGAGGGAUGAAGUUAGAAAGCCAAAUCUACCAAACGAGCCACUGCAGGGAAUGCUAGCUGCUCCUCCCUCUUCAGAGGCAAAUUUUAAGACUCCGAAAGACGAUACUUCAAAUGGCUCUAUGGAUGGCUGUAAAUUAUUUGGUUUUUCUUUGAUUGGAGAAACUCCUAAUAAGCGGAGUUGUACGAAGGUCCACAAACAAGGAAGCUUGGUGGGAAGAGCGAUUGAUCUUUCGAGACUAAAUGGUUAUAAUGACUUGCUGAUUGAGCUAGAGAGACUCUUUACCAUGGAAGGCCUUUUACGAGAUCCUGAUCAAGGAUGGCGAAUCUUGUACACUGACAGUGAGAAUGACAUGAUGGUUGUUGGGGAUGACCCAUGGCAUGAGUUUUGCAACGUCGUAUCCAAGAUCCAUAUCUAUACCCGGGAAGAAGUGGAGAAAAUGACAAUUGGAGUGAUCAGUGAUGACACUCACAGUUGUUUGGAUGUGUCGAAAUCACCAUCCGUGGGCCAGCCGGAUUCUCCCCCAAACAUCAAUUAGGAUGCCAGGAUCAGAAGAGAUUAUUUAGUAGGUCCGAUCUAUCAGGUGACAUUGUACCUCUCCAAGAAGAAGAGACAAGUGCACACCACGUGUUCUAUAGGCCAGACCAGGUAAUUCCCCGUGUUAAGUAUUGUGUUUGUUGUGUACCACAUCAAACUUGGAUCAUCAAUGAUGUGUUUAAAUAUUACUGGCAACUCGUACUAUAAAUUUAGCAUUUAGUCAUGUAUGUAUUUUAACAUGCGAGUAUUUAUGUAAGAUUUGAUACUUUGAGGUUUUAUAAUCAUGGGAAAAACAGAUGUGCUAUUUAUACUGUACCCCAAAAAUUAUAUAUAUGUUGAAAAGUGCAUGAAAUUGAAUUGUAUGGUGUA